UGUCAUUGUAUUGUCAACUUGAAAAUGUCAACUUCACUUUGUCAAGAUGUAUUGUGUUUUUGUAUGUAUGUAAUGUAAAUAAAAUUGUUAAAUCACAAAAUAUGGUCAAAAUGAUCAGAAAUAUGGUUUAACACACCAAUCGUAAAACAUCAAAUCAAAUCACAUUUAAACUAUUGUACUUCAAAGUGUAAACCGUCUUUAAAAUGUGGAAAAGGCUUCAAGAUACUCAAUAUUACAUUCUGUUUACAAAAGACUUUGUGCAUGAAAUAUGUAUCACUGACUAUGUUAAUAUAUGGACCACAAUAUUCUCCGAAAAAACUUUCUUGGCACAGUUAAAGGAAAAUAAUGUCGGAUUAGAGCUGGACAACGAUGGCGUGGACCAAGAAAAUAAAAAGUUUAUUCAAAAAGGUCUUCAACUGUUAUCAAAUCCAGAAAAGUUGAAGAAAAUUAGUGUAGUCCUUGAGGAGAACAAUAAAACUUUAAAGUUGAAGAUGAUAAUGUGGUAUGGAUAUAACUUCUGCUUCGAAUGUAAACUGUCAAAAGGCUCAGAGGAAUUGUUUUUCCAUAAAGUCACUCAUAUGUUGCUAAAAACUAUAAGUGAUCUGAGAUCGAGUGAGAAUGAACUGAGGAGCCUAUUAAUAAGUAAGGAUAAAGAAAUAGAAGAAUAUAAAUGUGAAGGUGGAAAGAUAGCCCAUUGUCAUAAGACACUACCAUUUAAUAAUAGAGAACACCUAAAAAAAUAUAAGUUAUAUGAAGAAAACUUUGGAUUGUCUAAUGUGCCAACAGACUUAAUUAAAAAAGGAGAUGAUAUACUAAGAAAUAAUGAUAUAAAACAAGAACAUGUAGCAGAUUUAAAUAUGAAGCCUGUCCCAGUUGUGAAAACAGAACCAUCCUCACAACCAGGUCUAGAAUCUGCAUGUCCCAUACCAUUAAUACAAUCGUUCGUCAAACGUGAGCCAGAAGUAAAAAGGGAAACAGUUAAUGGUUGCAACAAAAAGAAACGCAAAAAGUUUAACCUUUAAAAUAACCAAAGACGAGUUGUAUUCAAAAUGUUAUUUUUAUAUCUUUGAUGAGAUAGUUUCAAUGUGAUAAAUUACGUGAAAAUAUUUUUAAUGAAAUUUGCUAUAUGAAAUGUCAAAUAAGUAUGUAGUUGCAUAAUUAUUUUACCAAUUGAAAGAAAUAAAUUUUAAAAAUAUU